GUGACAAGAUCUAUCAAAAAUCUCAGUUAUUGCUUACAUGACAACAUAAUUUUAUUUUGAAAAAAACAGUACAAACUACUUUAAUUCUAUAAAUUAUUGCUUACAGCAACACUGAAACUCACUACACUUUCCACCUUAUCCCUUCCUUCACUCUUUCUCAAUGUUAUCUCUAUAGAAACCAUUGAAGAAAUAUAAACAUAAAUAUUCACAUAAUUCAUGAAGAAAAUGCAGAAACAACUUGGUCACAUUAUUCACACCCUCUUCAUCCUUCUCUCCAUACUCACUGUUGGUUUAGCUAUAAAUCAUGAAAAAGAGAAGAACCAAAACCCAUUCACUCCAAAAGCUUAUGUAAUUCGUUAUUGGGAUAGAGUGAUCAAAAACAACUUACCAAAACCAUCUUUCAUCCUCUCUAAGGCCUCACCACUCAGCGCCACCGAAGCCGCGACAUUCACAAAACACGCGGCCGCCAACACACUCUCCACAAAGCUGCCGGAAUUCUGCUCCGCCGCCCAUCUCUUCUGCUUCCCGGAACUCACAAAACAACGUCCUUUCGACCCCUCACAUUUCACUGUCUACGAAACUGACCAGAAUUUCACCUUCUACAGCCUCGGAGAGAAUUUCACCACCUAUGGAACUCACAAACUCAAUGGAAUCGACGCGUUCAAGAAUUACUCCAACGGUUUAUACAACGAAAAACACAACGAAUUCGCAAGAUACAGCAAAAUCUCCACCGGCCACAAUGACAGUUUCAAAAACUACGCCUUAAACAACAAUGAGGGUGUGCAAACCUUCAACAGCUACGGCACUAAAUCCAUGGCUGGAUUCGGUGAAUUCAAAGCCUACUCUGAAGAAAGCAACAUUCCUAACCUAAAAUUCACCACCUACACAGCCUCCGUGACCGGAAGAGAACAAUCAUUCGUAAGCUACAGCGAUGGUGGUAACUCCGGUAACCAAAGUUUCGCAAGUUACGGCAAAGACUCUAUUCACGCAGUUAACGGUUUCACUCAGUAUGCGAAAAAUGCUAACGUCUUCAAAUCUGAUUUCUCUGGAUAUUCAGAAAAAGGCUCAAGCGCUGUAGAUGCUUUCGUAAGCUAUAGUAAGAAUUUGAACAAACCUGAGAAUACUUUCAAGAACUAUGGUAAAGGAAGUUUUGCUGCUCAAGAGAAAUUCACCAAUUACAGAGAUGGAGCUGGUUCUGGUGAUGAUUCUUUCACUUCGUAUGGUGAGAAUUCGCAGCGCGGGGUCAAGGUGGAUUUCAAUAACUACGGUCAAAAUCCAGAUUAUCCAAAAUCUCCAGGAAGUGAAACUUUCAAAGGCUAUGCUAAAGGUGCUGAUUUAGAUCAUAAGGUUUCGUUUAAAGUUUACAAUGGGAAUAAUAAUACAUUUAAGGAUUAUGACAAGAAAGGUAUUUCUUUUGCUAGUUAUAAUAAAACUACUACUUCAACUAACUCUCUCAGUGAUAGUGGUAGUUUGGCAAAAAACAUGGUUCAACCUGGUAAGUUUUUCCGGGAGAAGAUGUUGAAGGAAGGGACAGUUAUGCCUAUGCCAGAUAUAAGGGAUAAAUUACCGCCAAGGUCGUUUUUGCCUCGUUCCAUUUUGACCAAAUUGCCAUUUGCAUCUUCUAAGUUGAAUGAGAUGAAGCAAGUUUUCAAGGUGUCCGAGAAUUCUUCGAUGAAUAAGAUGAUGGUGGAUGCGUUGAGUGAGUGCGAGAGGGCGCCGAGUGUAGGUGAAACGAAGCGUUGUGUGGGUUCUCUUGAGGAUAUGAUUGAUUUUGCAACUUCUGUUUUGGGUCACAGUGUUACUGUUCGGUCCACUGAGAAUGUAAAUGGGGCGGGCAAGGAUGUCAUGGUGGGUAAAGUUAAGGGGAUAAAUGGUGGAAAAGUUACUGAAUCUGUAUCGUGUCACCAGAGUUUGUUUCCUUAUUUGUUAUACUACUGUCACUCGGUUCCAAAUGUUCAUGUCUAUGAAGCGGAUCUAUUGGAUCCAGUUUCUAAGGCAAAGAUUAAUCAUGGUGUUGCUAUUUGCCACUUAGAUACAACUGCUUGGAGCUCCACCCAUGGUGCAUUCAUGGCUCUUGGGUCUGCCCCUGGUCAGAUCGAAGUGUGUCAUUGGAUCUUUGAGAAUGACAUGACUUGGAGCUCUGCCGACUAAAGUAGCAUCUCCACUCUGAAGUCAAUAUGUUUUUAUUUCUAUGUCGUGUCAAGUAAGUAGUUUUUUGUUUCUAUGUUUAGAAAUAAAUGGUUUUUCCGUUUCAAGAAAAUGUACUAUGUAUUAUUUAUCAACUUAAUGUGUGCAUGUUUGGAUUGAAUGUGAGUCCCAAAAAAAUAUAAUGUGUCGCUGUAAUUUUGAUUACAUUUGUUUAA